GAGACACGAGACCUACCACAACUCCUUACACUAUUUCUGUAUGGAGAGUUGUACGAGCGGACUACUGUAAGAGAGAGAGAUUGAAGGCUAAAAAUGUUUAACUUCGUAACUUCUGUGCUUGUACUGUCCCUGAUGACCUCUGGGACUACUGCAACUACGAACAGAACGGAGUUAAGAAUUCUGGUUGAACAGCUACAACAGGAGGUGGUAGUAUUAAAGAAGCAAUUGUCUUCAGGGAGCCUGUGUUCAUGCCAAGACUUCAUCGAAGAAGAUGGCUACAUCCUGGCAUUCCGAAUGGUUGCUGGCAUCGGUGACAAAGGGUACAACGUUUUCAUCGAUCAAAACAGAGAUGACGACGUGCCCCUGAUCAGGGCCGUGACCCCGUGCGAGUGCCGCAAAAACUUGACUGACUGCAACAGGCACUACCGGGGUUCGAUCCUCACAUACUGGUCCCGACUUGCAAUCGAAACCGUGAAACUGGUUGUGUACAAAGAAGGACAGGCUAAGCAACAUGUUGUCUUUAACGGCACUGGCAGUACUUAUUCCAACUGGAUGUCUCCUACAAGGCUCCUAGAGUCGUCGUGGGUCGAUCUCAAAUCAUCCAAGACCAACUUUUUUUCUACAACCGGGGACGUAGGACUGAAGAGACGAUUCUACAUGAACCAUGUUUAUAACGGGUGUUCGGGAGAUUCCGGGUGGCUGGUAGUGAAGGACGAGACUGACGACUGUGGCUAUGCUAAACCCAGUGGCGUGAAGUACCCGCUCAUCCUGUACUCGCCGUCAUUCAGUCUGGUGCAGUACCAGUCUGCAGCCAUUGACCGCGCCGACUCUCUGGCUGUGUGGGUGAAGGUCUCAAACCUCAACGAUCUGAAAGCAGGGUGUCAGAAGUAAGCUCUCUUGACAACAGCAGUGACCACGAUGAACCCUUCAAAGAGGAAAACUAACAUGAAACGAAACCUGAUAUGAAUAAUAUCAUUAUCAUCCGUGACAAGAUGACAUUUUAAAAUAA